UUUCCUUUAAAAAACUGCAGGAAGACGUGACCAUGUUGGUGCAGAGACGCAGACAGAGUUGGUCUCUGUUCAGCCUCGUCGCCUGGGUACAGUUUUUGUUUCUUUCACUCAGGAUGUCUGACGGUGAAUCAGCAAGAACUAAACUGGUGUCGGUGGACUUUGAAAUCUUCGGCCACGUUCAGGGUCUGAGUCUGUUUCAGAAUGUACACAGAGAAGGAGGGUCUCCGGCUGGGUCUCGUUGGGUGGGUGAAGAACACCUACAGUGGGACGGUGGUGGGACAAGUCCAGGGUCCUGCUGCCAUGGUGGAGGAGAUGAAGGUGUGGUUGAGUAAAGAAGGAAGUCCAACCAGUCGGAUCACCAGAGCGUCCUUCAGCAACCAGAGGACCAUCGACAAGCUGGAGCUGUCCGGCUUCAAGACUCGCUUCUGACCGACCAAUCAAAUCUUCAUGUGUAGAGCUAUUAGAGUUUAUGUCCACGCUCUGUCAGUGAAGACUGUCCAAUGAGGUCGGAGCUCGUAGAAGGUUUGAGUCCACUCUGGAUAAAAACCUGAUGUUGGUAUGUUGAUGAUUGUAUUCAUAAUAAAAUACAGAUAUUACUGCAA